AUGUGGCCUCAAGGAGCCAUAUUUGUGGCUCUUCCCCUCCUGGGGCCCAUCCUGGUCUGGCUGCUCACUGGCCGAGGAAUGUCUGCCUGGUGUGACAACCCAAAGCUGCCCUGGUGCUCACACCACAAAUUCCUGUUACUUGUGUGGACAACUAUCUACUCUGUCAUAGGUUAUGCUUCCUACCUGGUGUGGAAGGACCUGGGAGGGGGCUUUGGGCGGCCCCUGGCCUUGCCUCUCGGCCUCUACGCCACUCAACUUUCCAUCAGCUGGACUGCUCUGAUUUUCUUAUUUGCAGCCCACAACCCUGGUCUGGCACUGCUGCACCUGCUGUUGCUCUAUGGGCUGGUGGUGAGCACCGCAUUCAUCUGGCACCCCAUUAACAAGAUGGCAGCUCUGCUACUACUGCCCUACCUGGCCUGGCUCACUGUGUCAACCUCCAUCACCUACCACCUAUGGAGGGACAGCCUCUGUCCUAAGCAGCAGGCUCAACCUAUGGAGCAAGGGGGCCACUGA